AGACGCGCGGGGCAAGGCGCGGAAUGAUGUCCACCGCCGCUGCGGCACCAUGUCAUGGCACUCGAGCGCCUUCUUCACUUCACUGGCCCUGUGGACCGUGGCCGUGCUCUUCGUGGCACCCGAGACGCAAGAGGGCCGCACCGCCUGGAGGCGCAGCGGCGUAAGCGCCCACGACAGCCUCCUGCUCACCUGGCGAAACGUGACGGUCGCGCUGCUCUGCGCCGCCGUCAUGUCGAUCGGCUACUGCAAGCUGCGUCUCUACCUGGACGAGAUGUCGGACGCGCUGGCCGCUGGUCGCACGGGACUCAACCCGUACAGCGUCAACGACGGCGGCUUCGUGUUCAGCAAUGACAAGGUCACGAUGACACGGAGCGUCCUCAACUGCCACGACCGUGCGACAGACUUCCUCACAUCGUACAGCAACGACAUUGUCGAAACGGAAGAAAAUAUCCGCACCUGCAUCCGCUUACUCAUCGAAGACAUCGCCAACUGGCACAACGAAGUGUCCACGAUUGCCCGCGAGCUGCGAACGGUACCAACGUCAGCACAGUCUGCGGUGCCGCCGCCGCCACCGAACAUGGCGCCGCCCAAUGUGACGGACAGCCCCGAACAGGUGAGUACCAGGCGGAUCCUUACAUCACGGACAGUGCGUGUAGCGACUUCGGUAUUUUGCCGUUGCAGGGAGGGCCGGGUGUCAAUGGCUCGGGUACCAACACGCCACAAAGUUCCGGUCCAAAGGCGCCCGGAGACCGGAGCAUGCUGGUGAAGAAGUAUCGACGCCAGGGCAGACACCUCAGCAGCAGCUCGUCGGGCGGUGCCACGGAACACCCGACGCGGCCGCCGAAACUAGGAGGCGCGCAGGCGGACCGUGACACCGAAGAAGUAGACGUGUGGGCCCCAACGAUGCGGGCCCAGACGGCGCGUAAUAAUGUGAUGGCACCUUCGCGCAACGCGCGCUACACGGACCCGAUGCGCGAGAACACCAUCCUGAACGUGCGCAGGCGCACGAACAGCUCGCGCAGCUCCGAGUACAGCCCCCCGGAGCCACACGGCUUCGACGAACCUCGACCGCACGCUGAAAAAAUGCGCAUUGAGCUUGAAGAAAGGAGCGGCCUUGCUGUUUCGGCACCCACAGAGCAGGAGCCGCCGAAGCGUGACAAAACAACGCCCGCGGAAACACUGCCGCUCACAACUUCGGAAGAUGGUAGCCAGCUAGUGCCCUGGACGGGUGGCCCCUGGACCGGUGGGGAUGACCUAGACCCAGACAUAGCGCCUUCGCCCAAGGAGGACGACUAUCGCGCUGCAUCGCUACAGCACCUGCCACAAAGUAACGAGCACCAGCAGCAUCGGGAACAACGGAAGGAGGAUAUCGAGGCCAAACCUGGUGACGAGAACCCGGGUGACAGACUGUAGUAUCGUGAGCAGUUAACAUCUUAGAAUGAGUUAAAUGGAAAACCCACGACCAUUGUCUAAUACGAGAAAUCUAGCCGACAGUAUUCGAGGUGUUAUCUUUCUCUUGCAGAUGCUUGGUAAAGGAGACGAAAGCCAGUCCUGUCCUACAUAUAUCACCAAAAUCGGGACUUGACAGACUGGUGUAGAUUGCUUUGCAGUGCUUUCCAUUGUGCACC